GCCUCAUCACCUGACAGAGCAGGAAGAGGAUGAGGAGAUUGACCAGAAAAAAACACGACAGGGCGUUGGAGAAUCCACUGAACGAACGCGGCGUGGUGAAGUAUACGUUAAGGCCGCGUUUUUCAAGUCUACCUUGGUCAGGAGCACCGUCGUCUUUCGUGAGCAGAUCAAAGAUCUUUUAUUUUCAAAGAUCUUUUAUUUAUUUUCUUUAUUUUCAAAAGGAAAAGCCUGGCCAUCGUCGUUCUAUAUCAGGAUCAGCAGGAACAGUCGGGAAAAUGCCAACGAGCGAAGCUAGGCUAGCGGGUAGAGCUCGUCAGGGAAAUCUUAGGCGGGUUGCCGAGUAGAUUCGUAUCAUCAUUGUCACAAAUAUAUUUAAACAAGGAAACUCUAUACUUUUUUUGAGUAACGAAUCGGUCAGAAACAGAUAUCGGCACUUCGAACUCGUGGAUUUGAAUGGUGCAACCUUUAGUUACUCCCUCUAAUAGAUGAAAUGUGCGUCGUAGCCAGUUGGAGUACGAAUAUCGUGGAGGACGGCGACGGCUUACUACUUUUAGUGCUAAAACAAUGGAACGAGUGGCAAGAUACCUGGUUCCACACUACUCCAACACUUCAAGCGAUGAUGAGCCUCUGCAUUCCUCGUAUUCUAUGCAUGCUUACUCGCAAUUCCGACCAGUGGCUUAAGGCAUAAAGGUUGCUAGUAAAAAAAGAAGAGAGAAAAGUGGUACUAGAGAAUGACCACUAGAGGCGUAUGAUGGGGAAGAAAAACCAGAAGGCUGCUAGUUGGAAAGGGGAAAAAUGAAAAACUUGCUAGCGAAACGGGGGAGAAGUAAGGAGAAGAUUGCUGUGUAAGAAGGUUGCUAGUUGAAAAGGGGAAAAAUAGAAAACUUCCUUCUAGGAAGCUGCUCUAAUAGGAAGCGGAUGAGUUACUAGCACCCUUCACGCCGACUCAUCGCAACGAUUACCGGGACAACAUACACAACAACAGAGACGAAAACCUCGAUUACUCGUCUACAACAAGUCCGUCAACGUUCUCGCAAGGAAAUGGAAAGGACACAUCUACUGACGAAGUUGAAGCAGAAAAGGACACUUCUACUAAAGAAGGUGAAAUUAUGCUCCCAAGAAGAGGUAGAAAACUCGUGGUGAUAGUACUACUUACAUACACAAAUAAAAAGACCAUUAUUCUACAUACAUAAUGUAGAAUUAUUGUUUCAUCCUAGGAUUAGGAUUACUAGGUGGUCAUCAUUCUUCCACAGAUAUGUUCGGGUAAAAGUUUGUGAUGAUUUCACUCUAGAAGUACUAGAUUGAUGAUCACUUCAUCUUUUUCACAGAUAUGACGGACCACGUCAACAAAGUAGACCUACUUUUUCUAAUUGCUUCGAUUCUUAUGGGGAUGUGUUUCCAGUUGGCGAUGAGGCCUCUGAUUCUUCAGGCGUCAUUGUGGGAAGCCAAGCCAUCGGUGACAGCCCUCCCGCGAGCUUUAUCAACGUCAAAAAUAGUAAACAACAACAAGAAGCUUUGGCGGUGGAUCCCGAGAACCGGGUGACCGAUACGUUACUUUAAGGCAUCUUGUUAGAAAAAAUGGGAAAACUUGUGAAGAAACCCAAAGCAAGCAUUUCCGCUUAAGCUACUUACUGAUUGAAUGGACUUUACAGUAUUGAUUUCAAUCUCAUGUAAAGGAAAGUAAGUAGGUAAUUCCCGUUCUGGUUCAUUACUAAAGUCAAUAGAAUUUUCUAAGUAGAAAAGUUGUUACGGCGAUUUCCUUGGUGCAUAUGGAACAAGAUUCUUCAGCCCUACUUGAAAAUAUUCUCUCUAUCGGAGCUUCAGCUAUUAUGUAGAGACGAAUCUGCAUGAUAGCAGCUCGCAUAUGCCUUCUCUAAGUUAGGAAACCAGAAGGACGACGGGAAGCGUCGAGGCAGAGAAUGUACAAGCAGUAUUCAGCUCAUCGUGGGUUGUUCGAGCGAAUUACUGACCAUGGCCUCGUCCAAAACAUUCAGGAUUCGCCGCCCAAGGAAGGAAUGCUCAGAGAGCUUGCGCGUGCCAUGUUCGAGAGGAUCACUCGUAGUUUGCUCGGAAAAAAUUUCGAAGGAGCUAGCCAAAUGCCCGAAGAGGAGGGUACUGAGCACGAUUUCGUGCACGCGUUGACGCAGUUUGAGCUUCAGACAUCGCCACCAUCUCCAACCCCUUCUUCGGCAGAAGGGUUGUCCGGAGACUCUACUGCGAUGCGGAACGAGCGCGAAUUCUCUGAUCAGCUUGUCUUCGACCUCAGUGAUGUGCUGUACAACUACGCCAUGCCGCUUCUCGAAUAUCUGCAGCGCGAUCCACACAAUCCGCAUGAUGUCCGCCUCCACUCUGCCCAGCACGCUGAUCUUAGUAACAAGGUCGGCGAUUUCUCAUCGCUGCUAGAUUUAUGAUCAGUUCCCUUUGCUAGAAUCUUCGCUAGUGGGGCACGAGGAAGAGUAUCCAUCAGUGUGCAAAAUAGCUUCAACAGUGACUUUUUAUCGAUAGGAACUCAGAGGGACUCGAGGACUUCAAAUUAGGUGGUCGUGGUACCGAACUGCAUAAUUAUGUUUUGAGAAAGUUGAGCCAUGGUCAUGCAAACCAUCUGCUUCUAAUCGAGGAGGCCGUCAGCCAGCUAGAAACAGAUAGCAAAGCUCUCUCCUACGUCCACAAUGCCUUGUAUUCAGAACUUUAUGUCGAACUCGAACAGCGAGGUCUAGGUCACGUACCGCAGGACAUUUGUCUCAAGUUGCGGGAGGCAAAGGGCUGGUUUGCGACCGACACACAGAAAGAUACGCUUGAAAACUGCAAAGCCAAAGGAGACAUCUUAUGGUCAGCUUUUCUCUAUCCAUCUCCCUCGCCAUCUUUUCGAUGUCCUUUUGAUUGUUUCCAUAGAAGAAUACAAGGAGAAAGGUGGUAAGACUGGGGGACCAACAUGGAUUCUGGAACAGUCUAAAAAUUGACGUCUUCCUGGAAGAAUUGGACGACAAGGAAGCCCUGCUGAGCGAUGUAAGAGAUCGUACCAAGGAUCUACGAGUAACUUCUACUUCUUUCCCACCACAAACUGCAACUCCGCGCGAAACCUUAUCCGAGAAUAGCUGCAUGUCGAGGCUUCAUUAUCUCGAAAAAAAGCAUGACGAGGAAGUCAACCUCUUGAAUGACAUGUUGUUCAUUUCCAGUUUGCUGACAGUAUAUCUUGGACUUCCUGAUUUACCUGAAGCCAAUUUCAAAAAGCUCGACAAACUAGCAGGCGCGAUGACUCGCCAAUAUUUAUGGUUGAUGUGUAGUUUUUGUUUUUUUACAGAAACAGAAUGCUUAAGCCAGUUCAAGAACAUGAACGCCGAUCGACACUAAUUCAUUAUGAUUCUGAAAUACUAGACGAUGUAACAAGAAAGGGUGACUACUUCUCCAGAACAACCUCAGGAACGCAUGUGAAACAAAACAUUAUAGACGAAACAAGGCCGGAUUAGGUUGUAAACCCUGCGCCGUUCCUACAAGAAUAGAGACUACAACUUGUACAGAAUAAUCUUAAUCGUGGUGUAGGUUCAAGUUCAACAUGAACGCCGAUGAACCCAAAGUGAUUAUGAUUCUUCUAAAGGUAGCGUAGACGUUCGUCUUUAUCCUAUAUUCAUGUGAUUAUACUUUAGACUACAGUUGCCACGAAUACGAUAGUAGAGAACCACAAAGGGGCCACGGUCUGGUCGUUUGCAGUUAAUUGGGCAUGGUGAAAGACUAUGACUAGUAUCUCUAAUAAUGGAACAGGACCUGGAUGCCCUGAAAAAACAGAAGGGUGAAAUCGACAGAGAGGCAGAAAAAGUGGAACACAAGAGAAUGACAGAAGCCGACAAGAAGGCGACAGCUGACGCUCCUUAUGGUCAGCUUUUUUCCAUGUCUCUUAACAUCUCGAACUCGAUGUCGAUGCCCAUCUUCCAUAGAAGAGAUAAAAGAUGAAGGGCGCGGAGAUGAUGCGACCGAGAUGAAUAGAGGCGCUUUCUAAGGAGAAAAGAGCAACCACGACCUGGAGAACGUUGUUGACGCUUCUUCUGAAUCUGAAAAGGCAGCUGCCACGCUCCAAGUCCAAAAGCAAAGCAAUCACAACCUCCAGCUGGUUGCCAAGAUAUUUGCCGAUCAUUCGACGCUCUAUGACAAACUGAUCGACAAGAUCAGGACGCUAACCGAUACUAGCCGCAUAAUUUUAUGGUCAGCUCCUUUCAGUUUAAUUUCUCAAUGUAGUAAGUAUCCAUUACCAUUUCUAAAAAUGGUAAUGGUAAUGUAGGAUCUUUCGGUUUCGGGUAAUGCUUAUCGAUCCUUUUUUAUUUUUGUAGAAGUUCCAAUGAAAAAUUGUAGCGACCAGUUCUAAUGGAGAAAGGAACCUUGUUUGGAUUGGUCAAGCUUCAGAAGCUCGAGAAGUGUGUAUCGACACCAGAACCAGCUCCACCCGCUCCUGCGCCGUCCUCUCCAAGUCUCCGUGAGAAGAUUGGCGAUUCACAGAAGUUUCAAUGCCUCCUCGCGAAGUUUCGUGCAUACGUCGAAAGUGUGCUUGUGAACAUUAUGCUUUUUCGUAGGUCCAUAUUUCCCUGAAAACGAUAUCAGACAAAACUCUGAUUUAUUAUCAUGUUGAGUCGUCGUCUGAUAAUACAAACGACUUCAAUAAUUACAUCUUUUUCUAAUACAAGUGAUAGUGAUACGGCUUCGCGAGUGGAAUUGGCAGAAAUCUUGCAGAAAGAGCCGAGUCCGAAUAGCAAUGCCGUGAUGAUCUCGCACUUCCUUCUCUACGACAUGCGUUUCGUUUUCGCCUCCGUUCGAGGUCUUAGCGACACUUUAUGUCUGAGCCUUAUAAUAUAAUAUGUAUAAUGAUUUGUAAGUAGUGAAAAAUGUAAGAAAAUGAUAAACGAUUUAUUAUGACGACUUCUCCUCGCGAAUUUUUUUCAUUUCUAGAGUAUGCAUGUAAGUUUUUUCCUAUAUUAGUUUUUUCGUUUAGGGCUGAUGCAGUAGAGCGAUAAGUGCCUCGCUAAGGCUAUUGCGUUUGUGCAGUAGAGCAAUAAAAGGCUACUGUGAUCAAAUGCAAGCAAUCUGGCUUCAAGCUAGUUUUGUUGGUAGAAGGUCAGAGCUCCAGAGGAAUGCACGUAAUAUAUUAACAAUGUUGACCCCUUAUUUUAGUUUUACUUCAUCAAUGUUUUUUGGAUAUAAUCAAGGCUGUUAGGGAUCAUUGUGGGUAAAAUUGUAGGAACAUGAUAAAAAUAUUCAAUUGGCCUACAAAAAUCAUGUUCAUGCUACCUUCAAAUAAUAGAGAACGUCAUAUUCUAGGAACUCUUGUUCAUAGUAAGAAAGGAUCACAGGCGAAGCAAAGUGGAAAGAGACAGAUGCAGUGCUAGCAGAAAUGGAGCAACAAAUGAAGAAGGAUCGCAGAUUUAUGCUCGAAAUUCAUCUCGAUCUCUACUCGCGACUCUCGCAGGUAGCUGCACAAGGAGCCGUCGACCCGAACUCUCAGGCCAUUCUCGCGAAAAAAAUUGACUCCCGGAUUGCUCGCUUAAGAUUAUAUUAUCUUAAUCUCGGUUUCCAUUUUCUUCCUGAGGCAGCGGCUGCGUAUCUUCAUGUCUUAUAAGGAUAUCUUAAUCGCGGACUGUUUGCUCUCGUAAGGUUAUCUCUUUAUCUACUCAAGGUUCCAUUGUUUUAUUCUUCCUGAUAGAUGAGCGUCUGUGUACUAGCUCGUCUUAUACAACAUCUGUGGCCCUCAUCACUGAAUUUGUAAUCACAACCAGAAGUCGCCCUUCCCCAUAGACAGCACUAAUGCCGGCACACCGGGAUAAGGUAUCGCAACGACAUGCAGAAGGGGUACAGGUACAAGCACAAGGACGACGCGAGCAAGGAGAAAUAGAUGAACAUGAAGAACAUGAAGAAGACUUCUUCAAAGCCUCCGUUGCCAGUUUUUGGAAGAAGUACAUUCUGACGGAGGAAAACAAAAAGCAACUUGCUGCUCUGACAAGUGCGGCUGCUCCAGAGGAAGAGGAGAUGGCUACACAUUCACUGCCAUGGAAGGAAGUCGGCCAGCAGAAGUCUACAACAUCUACUGCUAGUACGGACGAGGAAAAGCCAUAUGAGGUUUUUUUCACUCUGGCCACGCAGCAUCAUUUCGAGAUAGUGCUUCAGGAAGAGAUGGCAGAAAUCCUUAAAGUGGAGUUGAAACUGGCCACUGAGUUAAGGUUGCAUAUGCAGUAGGGUAGGUAGACCACAACCUAACCUAGCCUAACCUGGUUGCAAGUAUGACCCUGAGGCUGAGGGGAUUCAGAGCGUCUCUGCUGCUAAAUAGUUGAGCUUUUUUAGUUUGCCAAUUCUCACUCCAAUUAUUUUAUUAAAGUAGUUUUUAGAGGUAGAGCAUCUCUACUAGGUAGUGUCUUUGAAUGAUUGCUAUCCCACUUCCAAGAGACACUGAUGAAUCUGAAUGCUCGUCGUAAUAUUUUCUGCACAACUGAUGUUCUUUCGCUUCACUUGUUUCCAUUUCUGUACAACUGCUCGGGUGCUAUCACAUUCGAGCGACUAUCACAUGAUCCGAGCUGCUCGGGUACUUACUAUCAUAUCUCUUCCUCUAAAAGAUCCGCUCGAGGAUGAAGAACGAAAGCUACAGGACUUACGGCAAAUUGGGGAUGAUCUGCAGUCGCAAGUACAGGAAGACAGCCGCGCGCUGAAGAUACAGAGCUUUAUCGUCAGUCAGUGGCUCAAGGAAUUGCGCGAGGUUUUCAAAGAAAAAUUUCUGCGUGGCGAUCCUGGUGAAGCGCCCUUCUUCUUCCAAGUGCAUGUUAAGAAUUUUUUUGCCGGUACUCUAGACACGAAGAGCGCGCACCUCUCGGACGACAUUUUACUCGGAUGCGACCCCGCUGUUCCGAAGGCAGAUGCUCUACCCCAGGGAAUUGACUUAAGGCCGCUAUCGGGAAUCCGUUUUCAUAUCUAUUCAUCUCUUGCUUAGUAAGUUGAUCUUGAUCAACAUCACGUCAAGAACAAAAAUAGAAUGUAUUUUUAAGGAUGAAGUAUUUCAAUCCAUCAUUCUCGGAGUCGAGCAGGUGCCGCUGGGGCUCGAAGUGCAGGGUCCAUAACCUAAACUAACCUUGAAUAUAAAGAUAUUCUUCUUCAUCUUCUUGCUCUCUGUCUAAUAGAAGUUCGCAACAAAAUUACGAUCCUUCGGACGAACGCAGCAGAAAGAAGAGACCGUAUUGCCUUCAAAGGGACCAGCUCGCAGCACUUCGUCGAUAGCAACUUCAAUUACGGCUCGAUACAAUUCAUUUCUACUAGCCAAUUCUGCGUGUUUCCUUCUUACAGAAUUGCUCUGAAGAAAUGUCUGCAAGCAAGAAGUGGAUUGCUUUGCGGUCUAAUUCAAUUCACUCUAUUCCAAUACUGCAGAGACCGGAACAGCGACCAAAUUCUCUGCGUACCUCUCGCGCGAGGUUCUGCGCGGAUAUCAGCUGUACGCCGCGCUCUAUACCGACAUGCACUUCUACUACUGGCACUACUAUCGCCGCUUCUGCCCCUCGGGCCAGCCUAAGAAUCAUCUGGAGAGUGCGCUCGAGUGCGAGUACGACCGAGUCGUGCGCUUGCGUUGGCAGCUUGUAGAAAAAAAGAUUUGCACCGAAGUGGAUUCCGACGAUUCCACGCCCAUGGAGCGCCGCUCUGACAUCAGCAGGAUGAAUAAAGAGCUAGUGACUCUCGUGCCGCCCAUCUGCCCCAGGCUCCCGCUUCGUCCAACACUGGAGGUGAGAAACGGCCUUGAGCAUUUUCAGACAGUGCCCCUGUUAAGGAUACCGGCAACCCAUCUCCCGCAGCAUCUUUUAACCAGUUUGUACUUGGAAAGUGCUAAAAGAUGUUAUAAAAGAUGGGGUGUCGGUGCCUCUAAUGAAGAGAAAGGAGAAGGAACAAGAACUGCUAAGCCAGGCCAAACAAUCAAUUAUCGACUUGAGAAAUGAGAUGCAGAAGAUGGACAAGCGACGCAAGGAGUACCAAUGGCUAGUGGACCAUGGAGGCAAAGUCCUCCCUGAUUCAGCCAUCGCAGAGCUUCCUUCGCAGAUAAACAAGCUUGAAGCAGACCUCUCGUACUUCCGCAUCCAAGUGUACGAUCUCAGCGAGUCUGUGCAGCCUCCGCAUAUCUACCAUGAAGGGAGCUUCGACGACCUUGACCAUGACAUCUCAUCGACCGCAAAUCUCAUCAGCAGUGGAUCUUCGCAAUCAGCGACAAUCAUACGCGUAGUACCCAAGCUGUACCUGUACGCCGCAAGCGUCGCAGCACUCGCUCCCCCGCCUUGGUACAAUGAGAUGAACAUACACACGGAAAUAGGCCGACUGCAACUCAAGCAUGAGGAGACAAUACAGCUGCAGAAAUUUUUAUGCGAAGAUUCAAAUACGUGUGAAAAAUGAAGAAUGAAGUUGAAGAGGAGUUUACAUUCCUUAUUGCUCCUCCUCAGAUGAUUUUGUUGAAUCAUAACAUCACACUUGCACUCAUUACGUUAAUCACAUUACAUUGCAUUACAUUACAAUACAUUACAGUACUCAUAGAUACUGCGGCGAGCCAUACUCACAUCAUUUUUAUGCAAGCUAUUCACUAGAAGUCACUAUACGUAGUUAUCCAAGACGAGAAGUCGACCAAGACUUGCCAAUUGUAGUUGUAAAUCCAAGUUAUUCACUUUUACUAGUCAUUAAAUACCGUAGUUAUCACCCACCUCUAAGUAAGGCUUAUAGCGAAAUUAUACCCCAGACAAAUGGGUUUGCCGAAAUCCACGUAAGUGCAUUCUUCGGAACUCUGAGACAGAACGCGCCAGCCCCCAUUCUUCCUGCAGCUUAUCCCGGCGAAGAACUGACGAAGAUGUCGUGGGGUGUGGAAAUAGCAGAAAAUAAUGACUCAGACUCGUAUUGUUAUGGAUUUUUUUAGCAAAAACUCCACUCACCUAUUUGCAAAGCGGGGCGACUCAAUGUGAAGGACCCCUCAACUGACCUAACGUCAGAAAAAAGGUCACGAUGAAUAGUUAGGCCCUCACCUCCUAUUUCACUUAGAAGCAAGCACUUCUUACCUGACCAGUAUUCUGACUGAGUUUUCAUUUCUCGCGUGACCGUCUAAGAUGUUCUUUGUUGAUUGCGGACCUAGACUUGUGGAAAGACAGUGAAUACGUACCUAUUAAUCAGCCAUAUUGCUGUGCGUCGCACGUCUGCGACGUGAGGGUCGCUCGCGAGCAUAAUGAUAAUUUUGGUGGAGCGCACCUUGAUACGUGUACAGGUCAACGCCUAAACCACUAAGCCAACUAGAAAAAACAAAAACCCGGAAAAGUAAGAUAGAAAAAGAAAAGGCUCAAUGAGCCAGGGAUGAUAAUGGCUCUAAGUAUUGCCUCCGAACUUGGAUGCGCGUCGCGAAAUUGAUUUCCUCCGUCUGGAGUUCGACCGAAGAUUAAGGAAAGAUGAAGUUAGAAGUCAGUGCUUUUCCGAGUUCGGGCUCCAUCGCUUUAAUUCAUUAGGUAGAAGUCAAACCCUCUGGCACUUAUCUCACGCCUCAACCGUGACUAGGUAGAAGUUAGUCGUCAGGGAAAUUUUCCGCAUAAUCUCGCUAAAUGGAUUCAAGUUGUGAGGGACAGGACGAACAUCACAAAGUCUGAGCUCUUUGCUUAAGAUGACUCUUAAUCACGAAAGCCAAAACAAGACUGACAAAGAUACACAUUAUUUAGGUCUAAGUACAUAAGUCCAAGAAACUACGCAUAGAAGGCCCACCGCUAAGAAGGUGGAGCAGCUAUCUCGAAGUGGUAAAAAUCUAUUCACAACACGAUCACGACAAGACAACGAGCACUGCGGAGACGGACGAUUCUGACUUCUGGGUCGACGUCGUAGCAAAAGGGUUUACUCUAUACACAGAGCUUCAUAGCAACAUGUGGAUUUACUAUUGUACCUUUCACAGCAGUUCCUCAUAUUAAGGCUUGAUAUAAUUCAUUGGUAGAAGCUGUACAUUGCUAGAUUAAGGCUUGAUCGAUUCAUUUCCAGACUCUGAGAGUUCAUUUUCUUCUGUUUCCACUUACUUUGGACUAGGAAAAAGAGGUUAGCUUAUAUGAGAGCAGUUUAUAGCACGCAUGGUGCAUGGAGUGCGUGGGGCGCAGAGCUUUAAGGGGCGCAAGGAGCUCCCCCUCUGGCUCCAUGCUACUCCAUGCGAUCUAUGCACUCCAUGCCAUGCGAGCUGUGAAGCCUUAUAAGUUGCUCUGUUAUAUAUGACUCAGGGCCGGACGGUACCCCCUCCCCCCUGUGGUCUGGUCUGUGGUGGCGCGCGCGCGCGCUUUUCCGCGGGGAUUUUCGCGGAUUCUAGUGGUGGAAGGCGUCAAAACUUGGCGCGGGCCUCCCCUUGGGCCUCUCAGCGUGUUCCUAAAGGGCCCCCUGGCCUCUGCUGACCCUCGUCGCAGGCGGGCGGCUUCCGGGGUGAAAGGCUGCCGAAGGCGGCCACGGUCGCAAGAGCUGCAAGCAACCCGGUGACCAAGGGCCUGGAGGGUACAGGCGGCACGGCUCAGGGGGUCCAGCCUCUCGGCUUUUGCCGCCUUCGGAGGCCUUUCGCUGCCGGCGCACUGCUGCGGCGGCGAAGCCUAACGGAUGCACUCAGGGCACAGGCAGGCACCUGAGCGGGGGCGCAGGCGGUCCCUUGGGCCUCUUUUGAAGCCUCCCACCACCAUCGGAGGCCCCUAGGGAACAGCCAGGCAGCUGAAAGGGAGCGGAGGGGAGGUCACUGGGCCCCCUUUUGAGGCCUUCCACCCCCGGCAAACGCCUUAAAAAGGGGGCCAGGGCGCACGGCCCCCCGCUAGGGGGGGCGUCGCCCCGCGCCUUGGAACAUGUAUAAGAAGUCUUUUCUUUGUGGUUUUUUUCGUUCGAACACUCCGUGCAAACUGCAGCACCUAGCAUUGGGAAAGGAGGGCCGCAUGUUGGCAAAUGGACGCCAAUUGAAGAGCGACUAAGGAAAAUACGCGAGAAGCUACAACGCGAGGGAAAGCCGUUACGACAUAAAAUUUUUAAUUUUAUCGCAUUCAUUGGGUUACACAUUUCGUAGCGCAAACGUUGUUAAAGCCCUCACUAACGUUGUUAAAGUCGUCACUGGAAUACUGAAAUUGGCAACGAACAAUAGCCCUACUUGUAGAUAUUCUCCCACACCAUCACGAUUCAGCCCUGAGUUCUUGCACUCGAUACCUUGAAAUAAGCAAGUAAAUUCGAGAAUAGUUCUAAGUUAGCAGCCCUCAUCUUAGGGCACUUUGCUCAGGAGUUAAUCCCUCUUAGGUCAACGCUUUACGCAGUUACUUCAGUUUUGCGAAUAGGAGGAUCUCUAACAAACAAAGAGGAGGUAGCAAAAUUCGCACCAUUGCGCCAGAAGCUUGCCGAGGAGGGCAAGACCUUGGAGAAGAUGCGCAAAAAGAUGAUCGAAGAGGGAAUAUGUGCGGAAGACAAAGAUGCCUGGUGCAUGCCAUUUUUUCCACGCCUCGGUUGGCUUCCGGUUAAGGUUGUUGCCAUCAAAUUUCCCACUCUGCUCAACAAAUAAAUAAUUGGAUAGUAUGCGUACUUAUGCUGUAGAAGUUGCACAAGGAGAAAUCGCUGUGAUAAAAUUUCAAAAAAGAUGUGAUGAAAUUUAUCCACGAGAAUAGCCAUCUUUCUAAUGAGCCGGAGACCGAGUGUGACUUGCAAGUGCGUACGCGCGCAGCUAUGCAUGCUCAAGAACGCAGUGGCGAGGACUCCAGAGCAUCUACCGCAGAGAAAAAUGAGCUGAACCAGGUGCUUACAGAACUAACUACGGAAAUCCAGAGGAUCAACGACAGACGCAUCAAGUACGCGCAAGAAUUAUUAUUUGGGACAAACCGUUUCCCCGAAGAGGAAGAUUUUUUAGGCCAAAACAUGAAUUUUACUUCCUUGCUCACGUGUUCUAUGGAAUUAGAAGUAUUAGAUAGCUCCUUAGAUAAUUAAUAAGAAAGUUUAAGUUUGUAGAAGAAUCGUGAGAAAGAGAUUGAGCACAGACUCCAAAACAGAGACACGAAUAAAGCCGUCUGCAUCCUCGAAAGUCUCUCCUCUUUCCAGACAGGGGGCACUUCUUCCUGUACUAGUUCACAAAUUCCUUCUUUUUUUCAUUAUUAAUGAAUGAAAGGACUAAGGCGCACCUUCCAACCUAUUGCAUCACUUGUUUUGUGAAGUUUUCGAAGCUUUUCCUAGUCAGGUCUACCCCACCGCGGAAAAUUACUAGUGAAAAGACAAAAGCAGCUCUAAUGAAUGCAUUUCGGUGGAUACAAUGGAAGAGUGAAGAGGCGGCAUAUCAGGUCAACCGUUUCGGCCACAGGCUGUAUUACCUGUUAUGAUCAUCUUGAUUAUAAUGUAGAGGGGGCCUCCCUCGCUGGUACAUAUAUGCGAUGGCUAUCUUUAUCAUGCUAGUUUUUUCGUCUUCAUUUUGAAGAUGACCUCUUUUUCGCCUGUGGUUGCAGCUAAUUAUAUGUGAAUAAAUCAAUGUGGAAUCUUCAUAUCUCCAUGAUAUUCGAUAAAUGGACCAUUUAUUAAGGACAAUAGGCUCUUAGAGCAGUCGCGUGGCUUAAGGAAGCCAAGCAUAAUGCUUCUUCAUGCAAAAAUAUGUAAAAGACAACAAAGAGACAGACGCACACACACCUCGUGGAGAACGAUGCAAGGGCACCCUAUCCUAUCCUGCUCUUUACAAACAAACAACAAGUAAAUGCCCCUAGUAGGUAAAGGCUACAUCACAUCAUCUUCAUCAUCGAUCAGAGAAAGAAUUUUGUAAGACCAUUCUAAUUUUCAACGCAAAUGUAGGAUUUGACGUGUACCAUUUUGAUUUUUUGCCCAAUGGGGGCAUUUCCUCCAAGCGAGCGAUGGAAAUAACAUGGGUAGCCAAAAGCCUCCUAGAUAAUGCGCAGCUUUAUUCUCGCGAAUGGGACCAGGAUUGCGCAUACGAGUUGGGUGUGAACGGGUUUGACAAAAGUUGCACGGACACAGUACGAAAGUUAAGGAGAGGCUUUAACGUGAAAAAGAUUGAUCUCCCUCUGAAAAGAUUCAUCUCCCUCUAAAAGGAUUCACAUUCCUCUAAGAAUAGCAUCAGAGACUCCACGUGCAGAUGACGCGGAAGAUGGCGACACUCCACCAGGGCCUCCAGAGACUCCAGGCUCUCCAGGCUCUCCAGGCUCUUCAGAAGAUGAGUAGGAAGGAACAACAGAGGGCUUUGAUAGCGAUGCUCUAUCUUCCAGGACCCCUAGUGGAGAUGUACCAACACCGAGUUUUAGCCUCGUACCAGACUCCAUACGACUAUGAGCACAGCACUUCCUGUGGCAUGAAAUAGUCAUGUCAUGUUUUGCUAGAACGUAUCUUCCCGAAGAACAUGGAGUGUGGACGUAAAAUUGAAUACGUCAAAGGGGCCUUUUUCCCCUUUUGACAUCGCAGGAAGUUGGAUCUCGUACAUUGUGUUUGUAUUUUAUCGUUCUUAAAAGAUGAACGGCGCAUCUGAUAAAGUUCGCCUCCUUGAAAGAAGCAUGGACCUCUGUUGAACCCCAUUGCACUUACAACUUUCCACUCGUCAACAGUAUUUCUAUUUUGUUUAGACCCCGUGACAGUUACUUUCCCCUGUGACUUGAAAUCUUCUUUGAAAUGGUUCUUACCAAGACCUCAUCACAGUGGCUAAGAUUGCCACUCAUUACGAGGUGAUCUUGAAAAGAUGCACGAAUCGGACACGCUAGGACUCCCGACAAGUGAAC